AUGGAGUUCUCAGUCUCCAGAAACAACUACUGUGACACAGAGGACUCAUUUUCUGAAGACAGUUUGAACCCUACCCUCUCUGAGGGCUACAUCCCUUGUGAGGACACCGUUUCCUGCGAGGACACAACCUUACAGGAAGAAAUCACUUUCAAUGUGGACGUUUCAGUCCAAUUGCUAUUGACUAGAGAAGGCAGAGGGGGAAUGGAAAGUGAAAAUUCACCCUUAAAUAGACAAGAUCAAAUUCAAGACUCCUCGGAGAUGGUUUUCAUGCAAAGCAGUGCCCUGCCCUGGCAUGAUCAUGAUGAUAUAUUGGUGAAUGAAGACUACAUCUUACAAAGUCUGCUGAAUAACCUUCAUGGCUAUCUACAAAGCCUAAGUGAUAAUGAAGAAAAUCAAACAGAUGACAAUGAAAAUCAAACAGAUGAGAAUGAAGAUAAGAGAGAUGACAAUGAAAAUGAGAAAAGUGAACAAAUACAGGAAAAUGACAAAGUUGAGGAAUCUGUGUUCCCAGAAACAUCAGAGGGACAUGGUUUCCAGCUGGGCAGCAGCUCCUCGCCACACAUGGCUCAGAUGAGUCAUGGAGAAAGCGAUACCUGUCAAGACUCGCCCAGGUGUAAAUCUUCAGAGAACAAAGAUGUGGCCCAGUUCCCAGAGAUGACGCCAAUGCUUAAGGGACAGAACCUUACUAAGGUGAGCACAGAGAUGCCCCUCAGGAGAGCAAGGGAAAGGCCCAACGAGGGUGCCAGGCUGCAAGAACAGAGCCUUAAUAUCUUCUGCAAAGUGGGGCUGGACACUGGGUGUCUGGCAUGA